AUGGAUGACUUUGAUUUGAGGGAAGAAGAAACGGCUGUGCUGGCAGAGGCGAGGCGGGUGCUGCGAACAUGGCAGGAUACCCAGCACAGGUCACCAGCGCCCACAUCACGCACACCAGCAACUCCGCCGUGGUCGACGGCAAGGCAGCAGCGAUACGGCACCCAUGACAGCGCUGCGCAUGUCAGCCGGCCGCCAGCAAGUGGAGACAGGUCCGCAGUGCGCAGACAGCACGAUGACACUGCGCAUGACGUUGGCAUGGACGUUGCUGUGGAAGGUAUCGUCGCCCACAGCAGCGAGGACGGCCCGCUGCGCCUGUUUUCUCCUGGCCGAAAGACGCGGCGGCAUCGCACCAUAGACUCUCCACAAUAUGGACAUGACAGUCCGCGCUUCUCCAGCACAGAAUACGGGGCAGUCUUGCAGCGACUGCGACAAAUCAAGACCCCGUUCUCUUCGGACGACGAGGAUGGCUGCGGGGACGACGAUAGGCACAGCAGCAGCUCCGACUACGUGCACUCAGCGGACGCUGUUCGCCGUCACUUGCUGGCUGUUGACAUUGACCUCCCGGAUUCAGAACAACAGGCCUCCUACAGCAGUAGGAAGGAGCAAAUCCGCAACGCACACGACGCCAAGGAGCGGCGACGGCAGCGGGCAUUGCAGCGGGAGGAAAAGAAGCGCAAACAGCUCGAGCGAAAACGAUGCGAGCGCAAGCAGCAACAGCGUAAGGAGCUUGAAGCGCAGCGCGAGCGGGAGCUGCUGAAGCAAGUGAGACGAGAAGCAAAGCAGGUCGAGGCGCAGCGAGCCAAGGCGUCGCACCGCAGAAAGACGGAGCGGCGAGCACGUGUGCGACGCGUUGAUGAAGAGCAGAAAAUGCAGCAGCAGCAGUUGCAGCAAGCAGCAGCACCCCCGCCAACGCAAGAGCAGGAGCGCGAGCACAUAUUGAUGCGGUUGGCAGAGACUGCCCUACGUAACCGCCUCACGAAACUGCUGCACCGUUGCUUCAGUGCGUGGUCCAAUCUCUCGCAGUCAAAGCAGCAACUUUUGGACCGGUAUGUGGCGGUCUCACACAGGAAGACGACGCUUCGGUUCUGGGCACGCUGGCGACACGUGUACAGGCGAAGGUUACAGCAGAAGCGAAUCGAGGAGGAAGCAAAUGCAGCACUGCGGGCUGAGAAAAAUCUCACGCGCGCGCUCGGGCACUACCGCUCCGUUCUCCUCUCAAAGACCAUGGACGCAUGGAAGAUCUGGACGCGAACACAGCGUGCGAUCACAAAAGAGAGGGAGGAGCGACGUGCGCGCAUGGGAACGUUCCUUGAAGGUGCACGUGAGCGCCUGGCACUGCAGCAGGGUGGACCACAGCAAUACUCGCCAAGGAAAUCUGGAAGUGGGGUUCAGGUUCGAAACCGCGAUUUAAUGAUCAUGAAGAAGACACAUGACACGUUGCAGGUGCAGAGCGGGACGUUGGACGCAGAGCGGGGACUUCGACUGUUGCGCGCGGCGAAGCAUAAGCAGACACGCACGCGUACAGACACGCCCGCAGACACGCACAUGCAGAAUCAGCAACAACAACAACAACAACAACAACAACAACAGCAGCAGCAGCAGCAGCAGCAGCAGCAGCAGCAGCAGCAGCAGCAGCAGCACGGUUUCCCCAGCGGGAACGGUGUUGACGCAAAUACACGCGCGUGUGUGCAGGACGUGAAGCUGUGGCGCACGAGCGAAGAGUUUUCAGCACUUAACGGCGCUUGCAACGACACCGGUGACGGUGAUGACCGACAGCAGAAGCAGAAGCAGCUGGAGGAGCUGGCCACAGCAAGGGAUGUGGUGGUGGAGCCUGGCACAGGCGAGCAGCAGCAGGAGCUGCAGCAACUGCUGAUCGAACAACAACAACAACAACAACAACAACAACACCAACAACAACAACAACAACAACAACAACAACAACAACAACAACAACAACAACAACAACAACAACAACAACAACAACAACAACAACAACAACAACAACAACAACAACAACAACAACAACAACACCCAAAUGAGGAGGAGUCAACAAGACGACAGCAGCCGUCGCACCGCUACUUUCUCAAGGGAAUGGAGGAGCGAAAACGCCAGCGAGAAGCAAUGCGAGCGGCACGCCUGGCAAGACAGCGGGAACGCGAGGAGGCAGCAAAGAGGGAGGAAGAAGAGCAGCAGCGAGCAGAGGAAGAACAGAGACAACGGGAGAGACAGCGACUGAUACAGGAGCAGCGUGAGAAGCAAAGAAAGCGAAAGGACAAGGAACGACAGCAGAAGGAACGGCAAGAGCGAGCAGCAAUGUUGCUGGCGAAAGCGACGGCUCAUGAUCGGGUGCGCACGGUAAAGUGGUACGGCCUUCGCGCGUGGAUGUCCUUCCACUCUGCUCUCAAGAAGCAGCAGGAGCACGCUGCAGGCCACCACCACCGCCACCUGUUGCGCCAGUGCUGGGACAAAUGGGCGAGUGCCCUGGAAGCGCGCCACGCGCAGCAGCAGCAGAUGGCGGACAGCCAGCGGCGUGAAAUGCUGAAGCGACGCCUUGUCAAGUGCUGGAGAGCAGCACUGAAACAGCAGCGGGAGCGGUAUCGGGUCGCUGAUGGGCGAUUCCAUGCAAAAGUAACGCGUCGUCUUCUUGCGCGCUGGCGCGAGCGAACAAAGCAGGAGCAACAGCGCAUGCUCCACUUGGAGCGAUUGGCCACACACAUGAACAACCGGUAUGAACCGUCGCCUGAAACAGACAAUGAUCCAGCAUUGGCUGAUGCUUCCAGCGGCGAUGCAAGAGGUGACAGCAUUGAGCAAGAGCGCGAGCAACGGAAAGCGGCACUGCGAGCAAAAGUGGCCAACUGGCUGCCGGACUACAAACCGCCGCCGCCAUCUGGAGGAGGAGGCGCCGCAUCACCACAACCGUGA